UUGGGAGAGCUCAGAAGUGUCCCUACCUUUUUCUGCCAUCUUGAUUCUGCCCCAAAGUAAUUUCAAGUCAAGUCAAUAAGCUUUUAUCCAAUAAAAGCUUACUACUAUGGGCCAGGUAAUGUGCUAAGUAGAGAGGAGACAUUGGGAAGAUGGGGGUUGGGUGGGUAGAAUGUCACAAAAAUCACAGAAUCUCAGAGUUUGGGGCAUGAAGUCCAUCUGAUUCAAUCAAUACCUGAACAAAAUUCUCCCCUACAAAAUCCUUUCAAUAUUUCCAGGGAUGGAGAACCACUACCCUCUGAGGAGGCUACUCCUUGACAACUCAAAUUCUGUGGGCAGUUCCUAAGGGACAGGAAAGGUCCUGAAAAGGUCUAUGGGAAAGUGCUUAGGACUAGCUUUACCUGGUUCUCACCUAUGCUCAGGAGAAGACCCAUCCCAACCAGAGGUACUAAGCACAGGUCUCAUGGUUUAGGUUGACUGAAACUCUAACUGAAGAAUUUAGUUCUAAGCCUGUGAAGCACAUUCCUGGCACCCUUGGGGCUCAGCUAUCGAUGGUGAUGGUGAUGGUGCCUGUGAGGGCCUUGAAGCUAGGUAACCUCACAAUCAUUGCUAAGAUGAGCCUGGGUUCCAGAAUCUUGGCUUUGUUGACCUCUACUUCACUGGAAUAGAAGUGUUAAGCGUAAAAAGGCACCCCUCAUAUCUAUUGAUAUCUCUUUCCUCUGUAACUUCUCUUGCCUGGGUUGUGGUAGCUGGGCUGGGCUGGGGUGGGGCCAGACUUGAAGGGAGGACAGAAUGCUUCAGAACCUUUUAAUUCACCCAUUCUCUUAUCUCCUAGCCACUUCUCCUUCUCUGGAUGCCUGGGCCCACCCCACUCAGCUCUCUCUCCUGAGCCCCCACUAUGGCUGCCUACCAAGAAAACCUCCCCAAGUCUCUCUCCCUUUCUCUUGCAGACUGUUGGUUUGAGAAGCUGAGAUGGGAACUUUGACCCCGCUUGCAGCUGAGGGAGAUCCACAAGGGCAGAGAACCCUACGGAAGAACUGGACCCCAGGGUGGCUGAGGCAGGAUUCUGGGAGGAAAGUAUUCCCCAUCUACUCAGAGGAGCAGCACUCUCUGGAGUGGGAGGGGGAAAUAGAUAUCUACAUCCCCACUUCCCCUCCCCACGACCUGCCUCUGUGGGCUUGGAAAGAAAACUCUGGAGAUGACCCAUCAUGGACUCCAUCCAAUCCCCCAUCUAGAUGCGUGAAAUCUCCCCGCCUUCAUCUCUGCAAGGCAGCUCGCAUCUUCAAGGGUGCAGGAUCACGGGAGAGGCUCCCACCGUCUGGCUCUCUGCCCUCUAACCGAGAGCAGCAGGGAAGCUUCUCCAGGUCCUGUUCUUGGACCCACCAAAAUCUCCAGCCAAUUAGAAAGUUGGCCCCUUUGGAGGCUCUUUGUACCCCACCCCAGGCUGCAUCCCCGCCCUACUGCUUAGCCCAGAGUAAAUCCCUGCCCCCAAGAAGGCUGGCCCCCCUGAGGCUUCCCCACCCUCAGCCCCAGCCCACCUCUCAAGGUGGUCUAAGGACUUGUCAGAGUCCCACCAAAAGGCCACCCAACAGACUGGCUCCAUUAGAAAUGCAUCAAAGGGGCCUUGGCCCAGCCCCACCCCCACCUUCCCACUCAAAGGCCCCCCUGAGAUAUUCCCCAUCCCUGAAUGACGUCCCAGCCUCGGUCUGUGUGGACAGCCAGCGCAUCCCAGCACAAAAAAAGAUGGGGCUCUCCACAGUGACCUUUAGUCUCUGGGCAUCUUUCUACUACUCAGUUUCUGCUGACAAGAGGGACAAAAUGUCGAAGAGGAUUUGA